AUGCUCCUAAUCAUCGGCACAAUCCUGGCGUGCGUAGCUGCUCAUCCUCAAGUCACAGUGGACCCAAACCUCAUUGCAGAUAUCUUCGGGACCCCUCCAACGAAGGCACCUGAUGGAAAGGAGAGGUUGGAAGAUAUAACAGUGAAACCCACACAAGGGCCAGUGUACUUACAGGACAAAGAGGGUGUCAAAUGCCAAUGUGUACCUUAUUACCUGUGCGAUAAGGACCUCAACGGCGUCCAGAUAAACGACUCUAGUAUCACCGGCUGGGGAAUGUUGGAUAUUAGAUUUGGAGAAGAAGACUGCCAAGAGAGUGUUGAACGUUGUUGUACGACACCAAGAGAGCCUGACCAGGUGCCGAUACCAAAACCUGAUCCCAACAAACCCAGUGGUUGUGGGUACAGCAACCCGAACGGACUGGACUUCCAGGUCACUGGAGGGAAUGGCAACGAAGCGCAAUUUGGAGAGUUUCCAUGGGUUGUGGCACUUCUGGAUGCAUUGAAUGGGAGUUAUGUGGGAGUCGGUGUGCUUAUCCAUCCCCAGGUUGUGAUGACGGCUGCCCACAUCGCUUAUAGAUACGGUCCGCAGUCGUUGUUAAUCCGGGCCGGAGAAUGGGAUACACAGACGACAAAAGAGAGGUUACAGUCUCAAGAGAGAAUUGUUAGUGAAAUUAUCAUCAGACCAGACUUCCAGGCAGCGAGCGUCCAAAAUGACCUGGCAUUACUCCGCCUGGAAUCACCAGUGGAGUUGGCUGAUCAUAUCAACGUUAUCUGUAUGCCGUCAACUGAGGAAGAAUUUGAGACUUCUAAAAACUGUGUUGCCAAUGGAUGGGGAAAGGAUGUGUUUGGUCAAGCGGGCAGAUAUGCUGUGAUCCUAAAGAAGGUGGAGAUAAACAUGGUGCCCCAUGCGACCUGUAAUGCUGCGCUGCAAGAGACCCGGCUCAGCAGGUACUUCAAGCUGCACAAGAGCUUUGUGUGCGCUGGUGGUUCACCUGGAAAGGACACUUGCACGGGUGACGGCGGCGCGCCCCUCGUUUGUCCAUUCCAACAAAACCGGUUCAAAUUAACCGGUUUAGUUGCGUGGGGCAUCGGAUGCGGGAACAACAUACCGGCUGUAUACGCGCGAGUGUCACUCUUCCGGAACUGGGUUGAUAAAACUAUGUUGAAGUGGGGCUACGAUAUAUCUGGAUAUACUGUUUAA